CGGGAAGGCGGUGAGGGGGCAGGGCCUGGGCUGGGGCGGGUGGACUGCGGGCAGCGAUCGCAGCGGUCGGCAGCAGGCGGCGGGAGAUCGCAAGCCAGCGGAGCGCUACACUCGCCGGAUUGGGGAGAUCGGCGCUCGGCCGGAUAAGAGUGAGCCUGGGAGAUGGCAGUGAUGGAAAUGGCCUGCCCAGGCGCCCCGGGCUCGGCAGUCGGGCAGCAGAAGGAGCUCACCAAAGCCAAGGAGAAGACACAGCCGAUGGGCAAGAAACAGAGCUCCAUCUACAAGCGUGAGGCUGUAGAGAAGAGCCCCGUGUUCUGCGGGAAGUGGGAAAUCCUGAAUGACGUGAUCACCAAGGGCACAGCCAAGGAAGGCUCCGAGGGAGGCCCGGCCGCCAUCUCCAUCAUCGCCCAGGCCGAGUGUGAGAAUAGCCAAGAGUUCAGCCCUACCUUUUCAGAACGCAUUUUCAUCGCUGGGUCAAAGCAGUACAGCCAGUCUGAGAGUCUUGAUCAAAUCCCCAACAAUGUGGCCCAUGCAACCGAGGGCAAAAUGGCCCGUGUGUGUUGGAAGGGGAAACGUCACAGCAAAGCCCGGAAGAAACGGAAGAAGAAGAGCUCGAAGUCCCUGGCUCAUACGGGAGUGGCCUUGGCCAAACCCCUACCCAGGACCCCUGAGCAGGAGAGCUGCACCGUCCCAGUGCAGGAGGAUGAGUCUCCGCUGGGCACCCCAUAUGUUAGGAACACUCCCCAGUUCACCAGGCCUCUGAAGGAACCAGGCCUCGGCCAGCUCAGUUUCAAGCAGUUUGGCGAGGGCCUCCGGCCAACACUGCCUCGAUCGGAACUUCACAAACUGAUCAGCCCCUUGCAAUGUCUGAACCACGUGUGGAAACUCCACCACCCCCAGGAUGGAGGCCCCCUGCCCCAGCCUGCUCACCCCUUCCCCUACAGCAGACUGCCCCACCCCUUCCCAUUCCACCCUCUCCAGCCCUGGAAACCUCACCCCCUCGAGUCCUUCCUCCUGGGCAAACUGGCCUGUGUAGACAGUCAGCAGCCCCUGCCUGGCCCACACCUGAGCAAGCUGGCCUGCAUAGACAGUCAGAAGCCCCUGCCUGGCCCACACCUGAACAAACUGGCCUAUGUAGACAGUCAGAAGCCCCUGCCUGACACACACCUGGAGCCCAGCUGGCCGUCCCACGGUGCCCGUGAGAAGUCUUCCGUGGAGGAGUACCUGGUGCAUGCUCUGCAAGGCAGCGUGAGCUCCGGCCGCGCCCACAGCCUGGCCAGCCUUGCCAAGACCUGGUCAGCGGGGGGCUCCAGGCCGCGGGAGCCCAGUACUGAAACCGAGGACAGUGAGGGGGUCCUGCUUACUGAGAAACUCAAGCCAGUGGAUUAUGAGUACCGAGAAGAGGUCCACUGGGCCACGCACCAGCCCCGCCUGGGCAGAGGCUCCUUCGGAGAGGUACACAGGAUGGAGGACAAGCAGACUGGCUUCCAGUGUGCUGUCAAAAAGGUGCGGGUCGAAGUGUUUCGGGCAGAGGAGCUGAUGGCAUGUGCGGGGUUGACCUCACCCAGAAUUGUCCCUUUGUAUGGCGCUGUGAGGGAAGGUCCUUGGGUCAACAUCUUCAUGGAGCUGCUGGAAGGUGGCUCGCUGGGCCAGCUCAUAAAGCAGCAGGGUCGCCUGCCGGAGGACCGGGCGCUCUACUACCUGGGCCAGGCCCUGGAGGGGCUGCAGUACCUCCACACUCGAAGGAUCCUGCAUGGAGAUGUCAAAGCUGACAAUGUGCUCCUGUCCAGCGACGGGAGCCAUGCAGCUCUCUGUGACUUUGGGCAUGCUGUGUGUCUUCAACCUGAUGGCCUGGGGAAGUCCUUGCUCACAGGGGACUACAUCCCCGGCACAGAGACCCACAUGGCUCCAGAGGUGGUGCUGGGCAAGCCGUGCGACGCCAAGGUGGACGUCUGGAGCAGCUGCUGCAUGAUGCUGCACAUGCUCAACGGCUGCCACCCUUGGACGCAGUACUUCCGGGGCCCGCUCUGCCUCAAGAUUGCCAGCGAGCCUCCACCUGUGAGGGAGAUCCCACCCUCCUGCGCCCCUCUCACAGCCCAGGCCAUCGAAGAGGGGCUGCGGAAAGAGCCCAGCCACCGGGCAUCUGCGGCGGAGCUGGGGGGCAAGGUCAGCCAGGCGCUGCAGCAAGUGGGUGGCCUGAAGAGCCCGUGGAGGGGAGAAUAUACAGAACCAAGACAUCCUCCGCCAGCCCAACCCAGUUGCCACCAGAGUCUGCACGCCCAGCCAAGGGAGCUCUCACCAGGGGACCCCGGGCCCCAGCCAGCCAAGGACACAACAGCCGAGGCCCCUCAGCUUCAGCCUCCUCUGCCACCAGAGCCCCCAGAGCCGCACAAGUCUCCACCCUUGACCUCGAGCAAGGAGGAGUCUGGGACGUGGGAACCCUUGCCUCUGUCCUCCCUGGACCCGGCCCCUGCCAGAAACCCCAGCUCACCGGAGCGGAGAAGCACGUUCCCCGAGCAGGAGCUGCAGCAGCUUGAAAUAGAAUUAUUCCUGAACAGUCUGUCCCAGCCGUUCUCUCUGGAGGAGCAGGAGCAGAUUCUCUCCUGCCUCAGCAUCGACAGCCUGUCCCUGUCAGACGACAGUGAGAAGAACCCAUCAAAGGCCUCGCAGAGCUCUCGGGACACCCUCAGCUCCGGUGUGCACUCGUGGAGCAGCCAGGCAGAGGCCCGAAGCUCUAGCUGGAACAUGGUGCUGGCCCGGGGGCGGCCCACUGACACCCCAAGCUACUUCAACGGUGUGAAAGUCCAAAUACAGUCUCUCAAUGGCGAACACUUGCACAUCCGAGAGUUCCACCGGGUCAAGGUGGGAGAUAUCGCAACUGGCAUCAGCAGCCAGAUCCCAGCCGCAGCCUUUAGCCUGGUGACCAAAGACGGGCAGCCUGUUCGCUAUGACAUGGAGGUGCCAGACUCGGGCAUCGACCUGCAGUGCACACUGGCCCCCGAUGGCAGCUUCGCCUGGAGCUGGAGAGUGAAGCACGGCCAGCUGGAGAACAGGCCCUAGCCCCGCCUCCCCGCGGCUCGCUCUGCCCGGAGCAGCCUGCCUUCUCGUGCCGUGCCGCCCUGAGACGAGGCUCAGCCUGGGACCAGGGGCUCACAGCAGCCAAGUCGGGGGAAGCAACAGCCUCCCACGACUUCCCACCUGAGUCCUGCCCCACUGGCCAAGGGAACACUCCGCCAUGAGAGAAGACAAGGAGGAAGGCAGGACUCUUCCUCGGGAAUGAAGAUGAUCUUCUCUGCCUGCUUCAGUACAGAUGGCCUGACCCGUUUGGAUCAGUGACCACUUGCUGGCAGUCGGAGAGCAGCUUCUGGCCUGGGUCAGGAGGGGUGGGCAAGCCCCUUGGCCCCCAGGCCAGUGCGAGGGUGUCACGUGUCGAAGGGCGACACCCAGGUCUGGUCCAGGACGAGGGCCGCAGGUGUGCCCGUCCUUGGGUUAAUGGGAGGGCCUCUGACCCCCCCGGGCUGGCCUUUCCUAGCCACCUAACUCCUUUGGAUCUAGGAGGAAGGAAUGCCCGACCCUGGGAAGCGUCCUUGGCAGAAUACACCACACUUCUCAGGUUGUCGCCACACAGGUCCUGAGUUGAACUCUGCUUCAGCCAAGGACCAAAGGAGACGUUAAAGUGAAGUGGUUCUCAGUCCCCAGCACGUGCCCCUGUGCUGCUGGCCCUGCUCUGCCCUAGAGCAGCAGGCCCAGCACUGCCACUGACUGGCUGGCACUCGGUUCCCUCAUCAGUAAAGGUGAAGGGUGACACAGACCCACGUGACAGGAAGGGUCUGUGGAUGAGGCAUGAUAGUUGCUAAAGAAAGCAGCGGAUGUGAGCGCCCCUGUGCCCCAGGCCCCACUGCCAACACCCCAUCUACCAGCUCCCCAGGAGCCCAGCUGGGCGUCACACUCACAGCCCCCUGCCCUGCCCCUGCCGUAGGGCACUGCCAGCAACACUUUGCACUCCGAUGACCUCAAAACACUUUCACAGCCGCCCUCCAGGAGGGUGGGUCAGUGGCUCUGUGUGAGCCCAGCAGACCAGGAGAUGGGGUGAACACACUCAGUCUUGACCUGCCCCCAUGCUUGUGACCCCUCAACCCUCUUCCAGAUUUCUCUAAGAUGAGCACCCCCUUCCCCACUGCCCUCUCCCAGCCUCUCCUCUGGGGGGAGCUGCUCAGGACUCAUGUAGCAUUAAAUCAACUGUGAAUCAUUGGGGGCGGAGGACACCGAGACUCCUUGGAAGAAGCUCGUCCUCAGUCUUGCCAAGGCAGCCUCUGUCCGGCUGUUCACAUGGAGCCAGACUGCUCCCAGGGAGGGACCCCCUAGCCCAGCACACGAAGAGCUGCAGCCUUGGUACUGCAGAGUGUGGGUUGUAGAGAACUCUUUGUAAGCAAUAAAGUGUGAGGUGAUGACAAGUUUCUA